CCACAUUCCUGAUUCCUUUGCCAGGAAACUCACCCAGUGGGGCAUCCUUCCAAAUUAAUCCACAGCCUGGGAUCAACUUCCAGCUGGCCCUAAACAAGGAUUUCAUCAGCAUUGGGAUAGCUGCGAUGACUGGAAGCAGCAGUGCCAAUCUAACCAAAGGAGCAGGGAAGCCAUUCUUGACGACUGACUUGGCAAGUGUGAUACCUAAGAUUUCUGAGCACUUUUCUGUCCCUCAGCCCUUGGUAGUAAAGAUAAGAGACUCAAAAUUCCCACUUGUUUCCAUGAAUAGCCAGGAUGCUAUGGUAAAGCAGACUCUUUUCACUGAUGUGUGCACACCUGGACAAACUGUCCUACACUUGCAAAUUAACACCAUCUUCAAAGCAAUGUUCGCAGCUUCCAAUGGAAAACUGUUCAUCUCUUUGUCACAAAAUAGCUUGGACAUUGUUCAAGCUUCAUCAUCCACUGGCUCUAGCAAUGCCCAGAAGCUCCAUGACUGGGUCAGUGACAUUUACAUGAACAGCUACCUACCAGCCAUGAAUGGUUUGCUUAGCAGAGGAAUCACAUUGCCUUCCAUCCUAAAUGACAAGUGGAUUAAAGCCAACACUACCCUUUUCCAGGAUGGCCUAGUGAUUUCAUUGUGAUCAACAUUGCCAGCCUUGAACCCUGAAAAGCAUCCAAUAAGAAGAAGCAUGUUGAGAG